AUGGCGAGCAGCGGCUCCGCGCCCGGGAGCUCGGGCUCGGGCACGGCGUUGCCCACCCGCUUCCAGGAGACCGAGAAGCUGCUGGCGGCGACCGAGGGCCGGGAGGAGAAGGGCCUCCGCGGCUCCAAAUCCUUCACGGCCGCGUUGCCCGGCGAGGCGGAGCGCAACGGGCACGGGCUCGCUUACAAGUCGGUGUCGGUCGGGCACCUGGAGGCGGCCCCGCUCUCGCCGUCCCGGCUCAGCCUGGGCAGAGCCUCCUCCACGGCCACCAGCACGGCGGCACCGGAGCAGGGCCGCCCGCGGGACUACCUGGUGCUCGCCAUCUUCUCCUGCUUCUGCCCCGUCUGGCCCAUCAACGUCGUGGCCCUCGUCUUCUCCAUCAUGUCGAGGAACAGCGGGCAGCAAGGGGACAUGGACGGAGCCCGGCGACUCGGCCGCAUGGCCAGGCUGCUCAGCAUCGUCUCCAUUAUCCUGGGGACCAUCAUCAUCGUGCUCUACGUUUCACUCAGCGUCAGAGUUUCCUAGAAGAUGUUUUAGCAUGCAAAUACCUCGAAGAGGAGGAAGACAACUUUCCUUUUGGGGUUUUUACUUUCAGCCUUGCAACAAAAAAUUGUCACAGUGUAGGUGGGCAGCCCUGGACAGCCUGCUCUGGAGCGUCGUCUGAAGGAACGCAUGCUUCUACUUCACCGCCUCUUGGAAAUGAGUUUGUACAAGUGAUGGGAUAAAAAACAUCGCAAGAAGGAAUGGGAAAGGACAUCAGACGCUGAGCGGAGAGGAGAAGGGGGAAAUCCACUACCUCAUUCCCCUCCAGCAACUCACGGAGCGGGGAGACAACUAAAGUACAAGAGAAGGAGAUAGUUUCAAGAACGAAGCUUAUUUUAAAAGAAAAAUCUAAGGCGAGAACAGGACACUUUGAAGAGUCCUCCUAAGAAUUUUGGCACAAGUCACUGAAUUUUUGGGGGGUUGUUGGUUUUUAAAUCAUCAAAUUCUCUGUCUCUACAAAAGAACAAAGCUCAAACUGCCAUCAGGAGCUGAGAGCUGUUCCAUGGAGGAGGAGGGAGAGCAGAGCUGCAGCAGGACCACGGCUCUGCUCCAAACGAAACGCAGCCGCAAAAGCUGGAGGAUGUGGUGGGUGCUUUUGUAUUUUUGAUGAAAAAAAAAAAAAAAGAGACAAUGACCAUUUGCAUGCCUUUGGGAAUGUUCUCCAUGUCUGUUCCUACGAGCUCUUUUAUCACUUCGGGCAGAUGAGCAGGAUGUUGCUGCAUGAGAACGCCAGGCUCCUCCUCACCCCAAUCCCAUGGUGGGGUUUUUAAUGGAAGGAAAAAUAAUGCUUUCUCUGUGAACCCACACAUUUUUCUCUCUGUGCACCCAAAGUGAGAUCAAUACUC